GUAGGCCGGCAGCUGAGGCUCUGAUUGGACCUCUGAAUCUCCAUAUGCCGUGGGUGGUGCCUAAAAAAAAAAACUUUUUCAGUGGUUGCCCUAGAAUUCGUAAUCUGCAUUUACAACUAAUCUAAGUCUGCUUUCAUAUAACACUAUACCACUUCAUAGGUAGUGCAGAUACCUUUAUAACAGAGUUCCCAGAAUAUCCCUGUGACACUGAUGUCUUUUAUUUCACAUUUCCAUAUACUAUAAUUAUCCAAUAAGUUAUUAUUUAGUAUUAUUAGAUCAAUUCAGAAAAAAAAAAUUAAAGUUUUGUUUUACCUUCACUAUUCCUUCUCUUCCCUUCCUUUAUGUAGAUUGAAGCACUUCUUUUAACGUUUAUUCCAGGGAAGAUCUGCUGCUGCUCAUGAGUUUCUCAGGUUUUAUUUGUCUGAAAAAGUUUUUAUUUCUCUUUCACCUUUUUUUGAGGGGGAGGGGCUGCACCCACAGUUCCAGGGCCGGGAAUGGAACCCAUGCUGCAGUUGCAACCUGUGCCAUAGCUGCAGCAACGCCAGAUCUUUAACCUGCUGUGCCACAUGGAAAUUUCCUCCCUUUCACUUUUGAAUGAUAAUUUCACUAGAUAUAAAGUUCUUGGGUGAUGAGUUUUUUUCUUUCAACACUUUAAAUAUUUCACUCUAUUCUCUUCUUGCGUGGCUUGUAAUGAGAAGCCCAUAAUUCUUAUCCUUAUUUCUCUAGAGUUAGGACACUUAUUUUCCUAUGAAUUCUUUCAAGAUUUUAUAUUUCAGGUUCCAACAGUUAUAAUAAAAUAUGUCCAGGUAUAGACUUUCUUAGUAUUUAUACUGCUUGGAGUUCUCUGAGUUUCCAUAAUCUAUGGUUAACCUGUCAUUAAUUUUAGAAUAUUAUAGGCCCUUAUUGCUUCAAAUAUUUCUUCUGCUCUAUUUGCUCUUCUCCUUUUAGUAUUUUAAUUACAUGUAUAUUAUGCAUUUUGAAACUGUCUCAGAGUUCUUGGAUAUUCUGGGUUUAUAUUUUUUAAAAAAAUCUUUUUCUCUUUACAUUUAAGUUUGGAAAGUUUCCACUGACAUAUAUUCAAACUCACUUAUUUUUCUCUGGCUAUAGGCAAUCUACAAAUGAGCCAAUUAAAAGCAUUUUUCAUUUCCGUUACAGUGUUUUGGUUUCCAAUGUUUCUUUUUGAUUCUUUCUUCAAGUUUCCCUCUCUCUGUUUAUUGCUCAUCUGUUAUUGCAUAUUUCUCCUUUUCCCAUUAGAGCCCUUAACAUAUAAUGAUGGUUAUUUUAGAUUCCAUGUAUGCUAAUUCAAAAACCUGUGUUAUAUCUGAAUGUAGAUCCAAUGCUUGCUUUGUCUAUUCAGAUUGCUUUUUCUUGUCUUUUAUCUUAUACUGUAAUUUUUUUUUGAAAGCCAGAUAUAAUGUAUUCGGUAAUGAAAACUGAAGUAAAUAGACCACAAGAAGUUUUAUGUUAAUCUGGCUAGGUGUUGGUUGUGUUUAAUAUUUACUGUAGCUAUAUGCAUCAGAGAAUUCAAUUACCUAUAGUGUCCCUAUUUUAAUCUCCCCUGGUGUCAUCAGGUUUCCCUAAAUCCCCUCCUUACAUAGAAUCUUUGCCUGGCAGCUCUUUCAGCUAUGAUUUUGUUGCCAUACUGGAGCCCAGUUGAUAUGGUAGUAAGGUGUUGGGGGAGGGCACAUGAUUAAAUCUGACUUUCAGUGGGCCUGUGUCCCUGGGCCAUGGUGCUCACAAGUGUUUCUAUGCCUUUUCUCUUUCUGUUCACAUUUUAGAAGAGACAAGAAGGCUAGAGAGUUGGAUAAUUUCCCUUCUCUAGGGUGAGAUAAGGCUCUGGUAGUCUUUUCUUCUGUUGAGUUAACUUUUGUUAUGGGGAACAUUCAGGGGAUAUUUCAAAAUGUUCUCGAAAUUGUUACCUUUCUUCUCAUUCCAUACUCUUCCACCAGAAGCAUAAGUUUUUCAUGGCUCUUCACUGUGAAAACCUGGUGGGACUUCUAUAGGUGAAACCCAUGAAUAGGUAAAGACCCCCCUGAGAUAAUGACCCUAGAAUUUUCUCACUCUCAUUGUAGCCUACACACAUCCUCUAGCAAUUUGUCAAAGUGUUUUUUUGUUUCUACCAACUUAUGGCUCCAGUGGCUUUUGUUCUAGGAAAGCUCGUCUCCUUAACUGUGAUUCUCUGUAUUCCCCUCUAUGAAGAUUUUUGGAGUGAUUUGCCCUGUGGCCUUAAUUCUUAAAUGCGCCAAGAAAAGUCAUUGAUUUUCAGUUGGUUCAGAUUUUGCUCCUUCUUAAAGACUGGAAUGAUGACUCACUCCUAAGCUCUUUAAAUGGACCCGAAAGUUGCCUCUCAGAGAAGGCUAAUUUACAUUCUUGUUCCCCUGCCCACAUUUCCCAGAGUUUAAUUGGGUCAUAGAGACACAUAAGAUAGGAAAUUUGAAGAGAGGAUAGAACAUUAUAGUCCAGGAAGGACUAGGGGUUCAGGGAGGACUAAGGUUGCCAUAUGAAACUCACAGACCAUCUGAGUGUUCAGAGGAUUCCAGGAUAAAAUUGAAAACAGUAAUUUCAUGGCCCUGGGAUGGGUGAUUUAGAGAGUUUUUGGGUCUCCGCAGGAGAACAAAAUUCCCCAACACUUGAUCACGAGUCACAUUCUCAUAUCAGGCAUCACUUGGCCAAGACUUCCUUUGUAUUGAGUGAAUCAGGGCAGUAGUACUGAGCUUCUGAGAUCCUUUGAGCAGAGGUAGGAUCUAGGGUCCAUCAGAGGGACACAGACAUUACUCUUGGCCUCAGAUUCUAUGCCCUUCUUGAGCAGAUGAUUUCUGACUGAGAAAACCAAGUGUGGCCCUCAUAGACAAAAUCCUUCUUUGUGUUUUUCAAAGAAAACAUUGAAAAUAUUUUAAAACUUUAAAGUAGAUCAAAGGAAGUUAGACAAUGUUAUAUUAAUUAAAACAGUCAUAUUAUUCAUGGAUAAUGAAUAUCUGAGUUUCCUAAAGAGGAGCGAGAGAAAUGAGUCCCAGCCUUUCAUUCUUUUCUUUUUGUUCUCAGCAUCAAGGCAGAGCCAAGAGGAGAAGGAAGGGUAGAAUAUUGAAAGGUUGGAGAGCUUGCCAGAGCGAAGUAGAGGACGCAAGGAAGGUGCUUUCUCUUCUGCAAAGCCCCCUGGGCCAGCAUGAUGAUACCACCCGAUUUCGUCAACUGUUGUGUCCAGACACCUCCUGUGAGGUAUGUAAUAAUGCAUCUGCUGAGGUCAGUCGACUGCUGUUCCCAGAGGCCCUGGAAGAUGCUACUUCCUCUGUGUCCCCUUUGGCUUCUACAGCUCCUGUGACUGACUCAUCCUUUAUUCAAUCUAAAUCAAUUUCCAUCUUAUCAAAGCCUGUUCUGGAGAAGUCAUCUUCAGAUAGCCCUGAUGGGUUUUCUACUUGUGUUCCAACAAUCAGAGGCACUGAGCACUCAGGUCUGUCAUCUUCAGACUUCUCCUGGUGGAAAGCUCAUGUCAAUAAGAUGUUCCUGCCCACAUUGCCACACUCUGAUAUUCAGCAAGAGCAUGUAUCUUUCCAUCUACCAGAGACCUGUCUCUGUAGAGACUCUGUUACCAAAGACAUGGAAGCCAGUAGCCAUUCUUUCCUUGGCCUUAAUAUUCAGGCACUUAUGAAAAGACAAAUAAAAAAGAGAAUGGCUUUCCAGAAUUUAGAGAAGAAAGAAAAGGAAGAGGGACCAUUUUCAAAACAAAUGUGGUCAGAAUACCAAAGGACAUCUUCAAGGAAUUCAUUGAAGUCACUUGAUAUACAGGACAAUGUAGAUCCCCAAACUGACUCAAACGUUGAAAGCAAAUCAGAGCAGCUGCACAUUUGUCAGCAGCUCCUAUAUGUCAAGACUUUGGGGGGAAACUUGCAACAGAAAUAUAGCCAGCUCUUCUGGGGUCUUCCUUCUUUGCACAGUGAGUCCCUAGUGGCUACUCUUCUGGUUUCUAGUAGUAGUUCCCCACUAGAGUCUCACUUUGUCCUAUUCAAUGGAGUUUGUAAUGGAUCUUCAGUCAAAAUGCAUGAUCAAGAAUCUCCACCACAUCUUCAUUCCCAUCCCCUCCCCCUUCCCCACGUACAUCCACAACCCUUGCCUCAAACUAAACCUAAAUCCCAGCCCCUUCCUUUCACUCAAGUCCAGCCCCAGGUCAACCUUCAAUCCCGACUCCCAAUCCUGCCAUCUUCACCUCCAUCCCAGAUUAGGGACUGUGGAGUGUCUUUCCAUAGAUUACAGAAUGAAUCAGACUUUCAUAUUGCAACUGAAAAUCAACACCUGGAAUGGCACGUGUUACAAAAACAGCAGGAAAGUUUGUGGGGUUUAGUUCCUAUGCUCCACAAAUCUCAAGAAGCCACUUGUCCUCGAGCUCUUAAUCUCCCAUUGGUCAACCAGUCGUCCCAUGCCUGUGUACCAGUCUCCAUCAUUCCUGACCAUUUUCAUAUCACCAGUGAACCCCAAGAGAAACUGGAGCUUCAUGUUCCAAGGAGGCUAAUUCCACGCUGGUGUCUCCAAGCCUGUAGGAAUCUAGAGUCUCUAGCAUUGAUGGAACCUCAGUAUAAAUUAAUAGAAGUAUCUCAACAGAGAGGCAGACAUGUUCACUUACAACUCUCUGAGCUUAAUGGCCAGCAUAGCAAAGAUCUAGGGAUGACUGAAUUAGGUCUCCCAGGAAGUUUCCAUGAAAGAGUCCCAACAAAGUUUCAGCUAAGGGAUGACAUGAGGAAGAAUCUUGGUUAUAUCCUAGAGAAGAGCCCAGAAGACAGACCACAAGGGGCCUCAGAAUGUUACCUAGUGCAGGGUCUGAGGCCUGCCUUGGGGACACAAAGUAACUGUGUGUGUAAUUCAAGGAAUCACUCAAGUUAUGAACUGUUAAAUGUCUCACGGAAGGACAUAGAUCGGAAUCAAAUAAAAACCAUUCUUAGAUUACAUGUAAGCACAAAGUCUUGGCAGAUCAGUGCAGGUAGGAUUCCUGUAGGUGUGUGUCGUUCGUGGCUGGCUGAGGACAAUACUUUGCCUCCUUCUAGAAGUUCCCAGACCAAUAUGGAGGAUGCAAAUUCAGAAAACACAAAAGUAGCUAGGGCCUAUUGCCAAACUAGCACUCUAGAGCUUUCUUUUCUCAAUCCCAAUACCCGAAAGGUGCUAGAAGCCCAUAUUUUAAGGUUUCGUGUGACUCAGAGAUGGGGCCUACCCCUCAAGGUUCUUGAAUCCAUAAAAUUCUAUAUGUUGAGAGAAGCUAAAACAUGGCCUCUUCCCCAGUUUGACUUUCCCUCCUCAACCACCCAUGUUUCUGGGGCGGAUUCUAAAACUGAGAUUUCCAAGCCCCUUGAAGGAAGCUCUACAACUUCUCAGGGGAAGAAGAUGAGAACUACAAAUUCAGUCCCUAUGCUGGCUCAUCCUCUCUCUGUUAUCUCAUCUGUGGGCAAUGAAGGACAGGGGGCCCCGCAACCAUCACACUCUGAUUUCCACCAAAAGCUUACAGAAGAUGUCCGGACAACUGAUCGUGGCAGACAGGCUUUUCAGUCCAUCACACACCGAAACAAAGACAAAGUGGGUCAGAGUGAAACUCUAGUAGACAACAGAUGCAGCCCAGAGGUGCCCAGAAGGCAAAGUGGGGAUGGACAUGAGCCAAGGAAUAAGAAUGUGUACUCCAGUGACAGAGUAGAAAUGAUUCAGGUCCAAAAGACGGUGGAGAAGAAUUUAGAACAUUCUUUCAUGUCCAACAUGUCCAGAGAGAUAUUCAAGGCCAACGAGCUCUGUGCCCUUAAAUCACAAUCUUGUGACAUCUCAACAACCAGAAAGGUGGAAAACUCACAAAGGACAAAUGUCAAAAUGAAUAAAGUAGGAAAUACCCUGACCACUCAAUGUCCCUCACCAAAAACAUCUGUCCGUCAAGAUUCUAAACUAUCAGACCUUGAAAAGCAGCUCAUUACUGAGUUAAAGUUUAAAUUAGAGAGUCAGAAGCACAGCCAGGCUCAGUGCUGUCCCACUGACGUGCCCCUGACUUCACAUAGCUUGCCUUCCAAGUUGUCACUGACUCAUGCCCAGGGUAUCUCCACUGGGGCCACGGCAGCUUCCCAAGUGCCACGUGUCCGCUUAGAGAACAGUGGGGUCAGUAUGGAGCAGUGGCAGGAUCCCUCUAAGCGUGCCUUAUGGAUGUGCCAGGACAACAAUUUCCCAUCCACUGCAAAGAGAAUGAGCCCUCUAGGCUCCAAAGCAGGAGAAUACAGAAGUGGAGAUUCAGAAGUAGGGACAUCUAAAACCAGAAAGAAGAGCCAUCCUAUUGAGGACAGAGAAUUAAAGGACACUUUCCCAUCUUGGUCACAGGAUGAACAGCUUCCUCCUGAAAGUUACUUCAGAAAAAAGAUGAGGCAGUUUUUUCAGUGGAUCAAUUCUAAGAGAAAAAUCAAAGCCCAGGGAAGUCCCCAACAAAAAGCCAAAUUCAAGUCCACCUUUGUGCAGCACCAAGCCUCAGUUGAGAGUGCUUCUGGCUUUGUGAGUUAUGGGCAUCCUGAAGCUCAGGAGCUCAUGAUGGCCAUUGGGAAGAUCCUAGAGGAGAAACUGGCUUGUAUGUUGGAAUCUGAGGCCUCAGAGUUCAGGCAGCACAAGAAAGAGCUGCAGACCCAGAGAGAGUCUGACAAGGGACAUGCCUCCAGCUAUAGGGCUGUCUUGGACCCACAGCAAAAGGGAUGGGCAAGUACCAAGUCUUCAAACCAAGAAGCUGUUUCUGCUGACCAGAGCUGUCUCACAAGUGUUAGACAAAACAGAGACAUGAUCACACAGCCCCAGAAAGUUGCCUUUGAGAACUAGAUAUUAUGCCAGAGUCAACCCCCUUCCCUGUCCUCCAGGGAAAUUGGAGGCCUCACCUGUGUGCAUCAAGACCCUUGAUGCCAGGUCUCACCUGCAUGCAUCAAGACCCAUGAUUCCAAGCCCCUCUGGCCAAUCUCAACCCUGAUGAAGGCACUAUGUUCAGAGAUUUGAGUCUUCUGUUCAAACAGAAAUCACUUCUCCAGCGUUUCCAGGGAGAAAAAACGUCCCCAAAGAACUCGUCCAGUCCUUGGUGAGAAAACCUCCCAGUUUUCAUAGUAACACAUCCUCUGAUAAGAACAAUCUUUUUUUCUUUUCUUUUUUUAAAGUGCAAUCGAUAAUGUUUAUUCUCCUCAAUAAAUGUUUCUUCUAAU